AUGACAGACCAGAGAAUGCAAGUCGACUCUCCUCAGGAAGAAGCUAUUGAUGAGGGACUCUACUCGCGUCAAUUGUACGUUCUGGGAAAAGAGGCCAUGCUCAAGAUGGCCUCGUCCAAUGUUCUGAUCAUAGGUCUGAAAGGCCUGGGAAUUGAGAUUGCGAAAAAUGUUGCCCUGGCAGGAGUCAAAUCGUUGUCGAUUUACGACCCAACUCCUGUCUCGUUGACUGAUUUAUCUGCCCAGUUCUUUUUAACUGACAACGACAUCGGCAAGUCUCGUGCCGAAGCUUCAUUGCCUAGACUUGCUGAGCUUAAUGCCUAUGUGCCAAUCUCAAUCGUGAACGACCUGACUGCGGAAACUGUUUCAAGCUUCCAAGUUGUGGUUACCACAGAGACUCCCUUAGAGAAACAACUGGAAAUUAACGAGCUAACCCAUGCCAAAGGAAUUAGAUACAUAAAUGCGGAUAUCAAAGGACUUGUGGGUCAGUUGUUUGUGGACUUUGGUGAGGCUUUCACGAUUUUUGAUACAAACGGAGAAGAGCCGCACACGGGUAUAGUCUCAGAUAUCGAACAGAAUGGAACUGUCACCAUGCUGGACGAUAAUAGACAUGGAUUGGAAGAUGGGGAUUACGUCAAGUUCUUGGAGGUGCAAGGAAUUGAUAAACUGAACGAUGGUACUGCUUAUAAAAUCAAAGUUUUGGGACCAUAUGCCUACCAAUUGGUGGAUUUUGAUCCAAGUUGGGGAACCUACGUCAAGGGAGGAAUUUAUACCCAAGUCAAGAUGCCUAAACAAAUCUCCUUCCAAAAGUUAUCUACACAGCUGGAGAAUCCUGAAUUCUUUUAUUCAGAUUUCGCCAAGAUGGAAAGACCGCCUCUAUUCCAUCUUGGAUUCCAAGCUUUAAAUGAGUUUGAAAAAGCCCAUGGAGAGCUUCCGAAACCACACUCUGAGUCUGAUGCAGCAGAAAUUGUGGAUUUAGUGAAGCAGCUCAACUCCAAAUACCCAAGCAUCCUAGGCGGCGCUGAAAUUGACGAAGACCUGAUCAAGGAACUUUCCUAUGGGGCUAGAGGUGAGCUGCCAGCAAUGGUUGCCUUUUAUGGUGGUCUAGUUGCUCAAGAAGUUCUGAAGGCUUGUUCGGGUAAGUUUGGACCAGUGAAACAAUGGCUCUACUUUGACUCUCUUGAAUCUCUUCCGGAGAGUAAAGAGUAUCCACGUACUGAGGAGACGUGCAAACCAAUCAACUCCAGAUACGAUAACCAAAUUGCUGUGUUUGGACUGGACUUCCAAAGAAGGAUUGCCAAUUUGAAAGUGUUCUUGGUCGGAUCUGGUGCUAUUGGAUGUGAAAUGCUAAAGAAUUGGGCCAUGAUGGGAUUGGGAAGCGGACCGGAGGGAAAAAUAUACCUGACAGACAAUGACUCCAUCGAGAAGUCCAAUUUGAAUAGACAAUUUUUGUUCAGGCCAAAGGAUGUGGGUAAGAAUAAGUCUGAAGUCUCGUCUCAAGCCGUCAGUGCCAUGAACCCAGACCUCAAGGGUAAAAUAGAGCCUCGAACUGAUAAAGUUGGUCCAGAAACUGAGCACAUUUUCGACAACGAUUUCUGGGAAAGUCUCGAUUUUGUGACUAAUGCCCUGGACAAUGUUGAAGCCAGAACCUAUGUCGACAGGAGAUGCGUCUUUUUCAAAAAACCACUUUUGGAGUCUGGUACUUUGGGAACAAAGGGUAACACGCAGGUUAUCAUUCCACACCUUACUGAGUCAUACUCUUCUUCUCAGGAUCCACCAGAAAAGUCCAUUCCACUUUGUACAUUAAGGUCCUUCCCAAACAAGAUUGAUCAUACAAUUGCUUGGGCCAAGUCGCUUUUCCAAGGGUACUUUACUGAUGCCCCAGAGAAUGUCAACCUUUACUUGUCACAACCUAAUUUUGUUGAGAGCACUUUGAAACAGAGUGGUGACGUGAAAGGUAUUCUGGAGUCUAUUAGCGCUUACCUGACCAAAGACAGACCCUACACUUUUGAUGAUUGCAUCAAAUGGGCCAGACGCAAGUUUGAGGAAACCUUCAACCACGACAUACAACAGCUACUUUACAAUUUUCCUAAGGAUGCUGUCACGUCAACUGGUGCUCCAUUCUGGUCUGGACCAAAAAGGGCACCAGAUCCUUUGGUGUUCGAUAUCAACAACGAUGACCACUUCCAUUAUAUUGUUGCUGGUGCUAACUUGUUAGCCUAUGUUUAUGGCCUCAAGGGAGACCAGGGAGAGCCUGACAGGGCCUACUAUGAUCGCAUUUUGUCCUCUGUCACUCUAGAGCCAUUCAGUCCUAAAUCCGAUGUCAAGAUCCAAGCCAAUGACAACGACCCUGAUCCUAAUGCUGACAUUAUUAUGGACCAAGGGGCAAUUGAGAAGCUUGCUGCUUCUCUGCCAACUGCUUCUUCCUUGGCAGGAUAUAGACUGAAUGCUGUAGAGUUUGAGAAGGAUGAUGACACUAACCAUCACAUUGAAUUUAUUACUGCGGCCUCAAAUUGCAGAGCGUUGAACUACCACAUUGCUACUGCAGACAGAUCCAAGACAAAAUUCAUUGCUGGUAAAAUUAUUCCUGCUAUUGCUACCACGACUGCCUUGGUGACUGGCCUGGUGUGUUUGGAGCUUUACAAGGUUGUCGACAAUAAAACUAAUAUUGAGACGUAUAAGAAUGGUUUCGUCAACUUGGCUCUACCGUUCAUUGGCUUCUCUGAGCCUAUCAAAUCUCCAUCCGGCAAAUACAACGAUAAAACGUUCGACAAGAUUUGGGAUAGGUUUGACUUGUACGGAGACAUGACUUUGCAAGAGCUUCUUGAUUACUUCAAAGAGAAAGAAGGUCUUGAAAUCACUAUGCUGUCGCAUGGAGUUUCUUUGUUAUAUGGAUCAUUCCAUCCUCCAAGCAAAUUGAAGACUAGGUUGCCACUGAAGUUGACCGAGCUUAUAGAAACGGUGUCCAAGAAACCAGUUCCUGAACACGAGAAGACUCUGAUUUUCGAGAUCUGUUGCGAUGAUCAAGAGGGCGAGGACGUUGAGGUGCCUUACAUCUGUGUUCAUCUCCAUAAAUGA